AUGUCUCUCGCACCAGUACAAAUUUUCCAAGACCAAGCUACCGAAGAAAGAGCAGAGAAUGCGCGUCUGUCUUCUUUCAUUGGUGCCAUUGCAGUUGGCGAUCUUGUCAAGAGCACGUUAGGACCUAAGGGCAUGGACAAAAUUCUUCAGUCUGCAGCAACGGGAGAGAUCCUUGUGACAAACGAUGGUGCUACUAUUCUCAAGUCUAUUGCACUCGAUAACGCUGCUGCCAAGGUGCUUGUCAACAUCUCCAAGGUUCAAGAUGACGAAGUGGGUGAUGGCACUACCUCCGUAUGCGUUUUGGCCGCCGAAUUGUUACGUGAAGCAGAGCGUCUUGUGAAUCAACACAUCCAUCCACAAACCAUUAUUGAAGGUUAUCGUCUUGCAUCAGCUGCUGCAUAUAAGGCAUUGGAAGAUAGUGCUGUGGAUCGUAGUCAAGAUAAGGAUGCUUUCCGUGAAGAUCUUGUCAACAUUGCAAAGACCACUCUCAGCUCCAAGGUGUUGUCCCAAGACAAGGAGUACUUCGCCAAUCUUGCUGUCGACGCUGUUCUUCGUUUGAAGGGUUCCACCAAUCUUGAAAACAUCCAGAUCAUCAAGAAGCCAGGUGGCAGAUUGAUCGAUUCUUAUCUUGACGAAGGUUUCAUUCUUGACAAGAAGAUUGGCGUCAACUGCCCCAAGCGUGUUGAAAACGCAAAGAUCCUUAUUGCAAACACACCCAUGGAUACCGACAAGAUUAAGAUCUUUGGUGCUCGUGUUCGUGUUGAUGCCACUGGCAAAUUGGCAGAGUUGGAGCGUGCUGAGCGUGACAAGAUGAAGGCAAAGGUGGAGAAGAUUAAGGCACAUGGCAUCAACUGCUUUGUGAACCGACAGCUUAUUUACAACUGGCCCGAGCAAUUGCUUGCAGAUGCUGGUGUCGCUAGUAUUGAACAUGCAGACUUUGAAGGUGUCGAACGAUUGGCUCUUGUAACAGGUGGUGAAAUUGCUUCUACCUUUGAUCAUCCUGAAUUGGUGAAACUUGGUCACUGUGAUCUUAUUGAAGAAAUCAUCAUUGGUGAAGAUAAGUUGAUCAAAUUCUCUGGUGUCGCUGCUGGUGAAGCAUGCACAAUUGUUCUUCGUGGUGCUACUCAACAAUUGCUUGAUGAAGCUGAACGUUCCUUGCAUGAUGCAUUGUCUGUUCUUUCUCAAACUGUGGGUGAGCCUAGAACAGUCCUUGGUGGUGGCUGCACUGAAAUGUUAAUGUCCAAGGCUGUGGAUGAAAUUGCUGCCAAGACCGCUGGUAAACCUGCUAUUGCUGCUGAAUCCUUUGCCAAGGCCCUUCGACAAAUGCCCACUAUCCUUGCUGAUAAUGCUGGUUUCGACUCCUCAGAGCUCGUCGCACAAUUGAGAGCUGCCCACUAUGAAGGUGACGCUACAGCUGGUCUCGAUAUGGUAAAUGGCCGAGUGGCCAAUGUCCGUGAACUUGGUAUCACAGAAUCCUUCAAGCUCAAGAAGCAAGUCUUGUUGUCGGCAUCAGAAGCAGCCGAAAUGAUCCUAAGAGUUGACGACAUCAUUCGAUGUGCACCUCGUCAACGAACAGCGUAG